AUCAAGUUCCAGAAUUAUUAUAUCAAGAAAAAUCUUUACCUCCAAUUACAUCUACACUUACAUCUGAAUUAAUUACACCUGAACUAGAAACUUCGCUUUUAUCAUCAGACCAAGAAAAAUCCUCACAUCUAGAAAAUCGAAUUCCAGAAUUAUUAUAUCAAGAAAAAUCUUUAUAUCCAAUUACUUCUACACUUAUAUCUGAAUUAGCUACAUCUGAACUGGAAAUAUCACCUUUAUUAUUGGACCAAGAAAAAUUCUCGCAACUAAAAAUUCCAGAAUUAUUAAAUCAAGAAAAAUCUUUGCAUCCGAUUACAUCUACACUUACAUCUGAACUAGCUACGCCUGAAUUGGAAAUCUUGUCUUCAUCAUUAGAACAAGAAAAUUCUUCGCAUCUAGAAA